UGUGACCACAGACUCGCCAAGUAGUUUGUGCCAAGCGAUCUCGCUCCCCCGAGCCUUCUCUGCAGCUCCUCCGACACGCACCCAGAACCCUUUCUUUCACGCCAGAGGUGUCAAAGAAACUACAUCUCCCGACAGGCAGCGUUGUCCCUUCCUUCCUCGCGCUCCCUCCUCCCGAUCCCUGGCAACGGCGUGACGUGAGGGGACCCGGAGCUGCGGUCACCGCUUCAGUGACAGCCUAUCCGGCGCGCGGGCCGGAGCAGGGCGAAGGCAGCCGGAGCUCGCGCCGCCCUUUCUGCCCGGCCUCCCCUACAGCUCGCCGCCGCCCGGAGUGCCAGGCAGGGGCGCGCGCAUGGCCUCUGCGGGCGCGCGGAGGCUCCCGGCCCCGACGCGCGCGGCCGCGCGGAGCUGCUGCGGCUUCUCGCUCUGCCGGGGCGCGCGCUCCGUCCCGACCCCGCCCCCGGGCCCUCCGCGGCCGCCGCGGCCAAUGAGGUUUCUGAUUUCCUGUAACCUCUUCUUGCCUCGCGCUGCCCAGGCCUUGGCAGCAGAGGCUGGCCUACCUCCUAGUCGUUCCUUCAUGGGCUUUGCUGCCCCCUUUACCAACAAGCGAAAGGCUUACUCGGAGCGUAGGAUCAUGGGGUACUCAAUGCAGGAGAUGUUUGAGGUGGUGUCCAACGUCCAGGAGUACCGAGAGUUCGUGCCGUGGUGUAAGAAGUCACUGGUAGUAUCCAGCCGUAAGGGUCACCUGAAAGCCCAGUUGGAGGUUGGGUUUCCACCGGUCUUGGAACGUUACACCUCUGCCGUCUCCAUGGUCAAACCACACAUGGUCAAGGUGAGGCCUGCCUGGGAGGGAUUCCCCAGCAAUGUCCUUGAUUUGGCCAGGAGCUACCCACCAUGGUCUUGAUGUUUCUGUCUCUUGUGUUUCCAGAUUUCCUUUGAGUUUCGCUCUCUGCUCCACUCCCAGCUGGCGACCAUGUUUUUUGAUGAGGUUGUAAAACAGAAUGUUGCUGCCUUUGAGCGCCGGGCAGCAACCAAGUUUGGUCCAGAAACAGCCAUCCCCCGUGAACUCAUGUUUCAUGAAGUGCACCAAACUUGAGAUGAGGGAUUGUUCCUGGCCUCUAGCCCUCCUCACACCCAGUUUUAUUUAUUGGUUUGGCUCUUGCUCUGAGAGGUCUAAUCUCCUCUCAAUUCUUCCUAAACUGGGCUGCAUGCUGUCUGAGCACAGGAAAGAUAGCAGGUACGGAAGUUAGACAGAUACACAAGAAAGUGUCAGGUACAUUCUGAAAGCCUCACACGCCCAAGGCCUUUGCACACCAAAUGAAAACCAGGGCGGUCGCCAUCUCUAUGCCUGGUUGGGGGAAUACAGUAGUAACUUCCUGACACAGAGAUACUGGCUAGCAAGAAACCUUUACCCUGCUAAGCUUCUCAGGAGAAAAGGCAGCUUGCCUCAGUUUAGGAACACGUCCAUGCUGUCUGACAGGUAGAAGGUGAGGAGCUGCUUUACCACAGCGCCACUGAGCAGAGGAGGAGAAAGCACUCAACAGCGUGGUCCAUGUUGUUGGGAUGCACUUUUUUUCUUCCAUGUGGCCUGAGUUUUUAUAAAACUUCAAUAAAUGGUGACAGAGUGAA